AUGGACUCGAACAUACCGUUCCGCGAGCGUCCACAGUGUGCGGUCGCGGCAAACAGCUCCGGGGGCGUCGCACUCAAAUUCCCCUACCUUCCGGAAGAUAUCGAGCGUCUCAUCGUCGAGAUGACCGCUGAACUCCAUCUUCAGACUGGACGUCAGCUAGUUCUUGCCUGUCACUUGUAUCGCGAAUGGAUUUCUCCCAUCAUCUAUAGAAGAGCAACAUUGAAGUCCACUGCGAGGGCUGAGAAAUUUGCCGCAACACUAUCCCUCACCUCCGGCGCUCCUACUUUGCCGCCCCUUGGCCUUGCACACCGAGUCCGUGUCCUCAACUUCGCUAACGACGUAGACACACAGGUCGUCGGGCAAGUCAUAUCCCUUUGUGAGAAUGUCGUCAGCAUCGCGUAUUGGAAGAGUCGCUCGAAGGCUAUACCGACACCUUUCAUUGAUCUAUCAGGCUGCGUGUCUUUGCGCCGGCUGUCUAUGGACUUAAAACAUAUCAUUCCACAGGCCGCCCUUGACCAGCAGCUUCCCCCUGCACACCCUCUCCUACAAGUCACCCAUCUAGACAUUUGCAGCCCAGACAUAACGGAGCUAUACUCCAUCCUCUCGCAACUCACCAACCUCACCCACCUCUUUUUCUGUGAAGACCACUACUUAUCUAUCCCAACACGAGCUCAUGAUAUCCCUGCCUACCUUCCGACUAAUUUACGCGCCUGCGUUAUCCAUGACGCGUCCUCCCCCAACCAAGGCAGAAACCUGCCUUUGAUCCCGAGUCUAUCUAACCAGGAGAUUGAUCCAAGAGUCGUGAUAGGCGCAGAGUCGUACAAGGAAGAGUUACUAGAUUCCGUGCCUUAUCUGCUUGUGCGGUCCUUCUCGAAGCUCUUGUUAGAUUGGAGUGGGGCUUCUCCGGCUGGUACGGAUGUUUGGGCAGAGGCGGAAAACAUCAUCACUGCCCGGCGUUUGCAACGUGCGGGAUCACUUGAGGUCCACAGCGCGUCGGCAUCAACUACCCUCCACACCUAA